ACUGCUGCCGGCGGCGGGAUUGAUGGGCAUGGGCUGCGUGCUUCCUCCUCCCAGCCGGUGAACCUGGCCGGCGGAUCUCCACAACGGUUGCUGCUACUACGCAGUUCUCCACCCCGUUCCCCACUCCACCUCUGGUUGUGCAAAGCCCCUGCCUGCCUGCUCCUCCACCGCCGGUAUGGCAGAGCAUUCGGAUCUGAAUCUGAUGACCGGAUCCCGGGACUGGGCGGGCCUCGCGGCAGGGCCGAUGGGGAUCAUCGCCGACCGCGUCCUGUCCUACGACGUCGCUGAUUACGUCCGUUUCCGCGCCGUGUGCUGCCCCUGGCGGCAGUGCUCCGUUGACCCACACGCGCACGGCGUGAUGGACCGCCGGUUCCACCCCUGGCGGUGGACGAUGCUCCGGGAGGAACACACCACGCCCAGCCGCCGCUCCUUCCUCAACACCUCCACCGGCGAGUGCAUCCAGGUGGACGUCCCCGAGCUCCGCGACCAUGAAGUGCUCGCAGUCACCGCCGAGGGCCUCCUUGUUCUGCUCCACAGGCCUCGGUACGCAGACGUCUGCCUGCUCAACCCUCUCACCCGCCAUCUCCUUGCAGAUCUCCCGCCCAUCACCACGCUGUUGCCUCCCGGAGUAGGCCUUUUCAGUUAUUUCUUCGACGUCUACGGACAGUGCACGGCCUGGGGCUCCGGCAUCGCCGGUGAUGAUUCAACAGUGGUGCUCAGCUUCAACCGGCUCGGCAUGCUUGGCACGGCCAGGCCCGGCGACGACCACUGGACGCCGGUCUACUACAACGAGUAUUCUCUGGGUACAUCACCCGUGAUGUUGGCAGGCCGCUUCUAUUGUGUUACGGUAAAGGGCGUCAUGGUGUUGGAAAUGGGUGCAGGCGAGCCACCUCAGUUUGUUGUGGCCGCCAACCUGAAUAUGCCACCCCGGCCAUUUGCGGAUUGCAUGCACCUGCUGAACAAUUGUGGGGAGCUAUUGCUGAUCCACCGUCAAAGAGUGACAGACACAUCCGGGAGUAGUACUUGUUGGCCCAGACCGUGUCGUCGAGUACUUUCCGACGACACGCGACGACCGACGACGAACGACGAUGACGAACGAAGCUCGCUGACGAACUCGACGAGAUACUUUACACCGAGAUACACGAUGCAGCGCAGUGCAAAGAAGUAG